AUGGGAAAUUUAGGGUUUAGGUCGAUAUCAGAAAAAGUCGAGGCAUUGAUUUUCUACUGCUGCAAAUUGAGGCAUAGUUCGGCGAGAAGGUCAAUCUGGGAUACCGCGCAAGUGUUUGUGUGGAAAGGAAGUGGUGCUUCUCACCAUACAUACAUACCCCAGAAGAUUAUUUACAGAUGCAGCUCUAAGAACACAUUGGAUGACCGCUACCACAUUAGGAAGUGGUGGGAUGAAGCUAUGAUGGAUGAGGUAAACAAGCUUAUUGAGAAAGUGGACGAGCUCACCAAUUGGAUGCGAGUUGAGUGUGAUGAGAAUUUAGAGAGAUUGAAUCAGCUUGUUACCACACCUGAAAUGGACACGAUGCGUCAUAAUAUCAAGAAGGUUGUUGAUGAGAUUCAACAGCUGAAGGAAGCAGCAAGCAAAUCAGAAGGUAAUUUGCUCCAGUUUAAGAUGGUUGUGGUGUUCAGUGUUGUUGUCAUCCUUCUCAUGGCUUUGGUUAUUGUCCUCCUUGUGAAGUAGACAUGGGUGUUGUUACCAUCCUCCUCUCAGUGUAAGACCCUUUGUUUUGAAAACAUUGAAAAGGGCUUUUAAUAUUAAUGUAUUAAAUGAAUGAAGUUAUGUUAUGCUUUGUCAGGAAUUUAUGUUAUAUGAUAUGUAAUGAAUUUCUAACAUUUAAAUGCAAUGAGUUAAAAGAGUAUUGAUAAG